CUGCCGCAGUAGUGCCCUUGCCCGGGGGCGGGUGGCAGCAGGAGGGGCUGGCUGUCCAGGGCCCACACCGGGCCUGCUGCGCCCCCCGUCUGGCCCGCAGGCGGCGGACCGCCAUCCGCCCUCACGCGGGGGACAGCGCGGCCCUGGGACUCGGGAGUCGGCCGCGCGGUGCGGGAGGCAGCCCCACGGAGAGGCCCGCGCGCACCGCGCAACCCGGCAGGGCGCGCUCGCGGCGGGCUGGCGAGUCGGGGCUCCAGAGGCGCGCGGGGCCGCUCCCGUUAAACCAGGGUCGCUCCUCCCGGGGGGCGAGGAGUUGGGCCGGGGUGGGGUGGGGGACACGCAGGCGCACGGCGGGGCGGGCCGGCGCGUGACGUCACGACGCAGGACGCCGGACGCGGGGCAGCGCGCUCCGUUGCCGGGCAACGGGCGGGCGUGGGGACCGCGGCGGCCGCAGCUCCGGUGAGCCGAGGCGGGUGCGGGCCGGGACCGCAGGCCGGGCUCUCGCGGGGACCCCGGCCCCGGGCUGUCCUCCGCCCCGCCCCUGGGCGACCCCAUCCCCCGCGCUCCCGCCCCGUGCAGCCCCGGGAGGCUCUGGCGCAGCGCUGUGGGUGUCUCGUGAGCACCUCCCCAGCUCCCCAUCGCGUGGACGCGGGCCGGGCGGCACCGACAUGCAGGGCCAGCGGCAGCGGGGGGCAGGGCCUGGCCAGACACCCCCUCCCAGCAGGUGUCGGAGCGACCUCGCAGAGGAAGCAGGCGACCUUUCCCUCUGCCCGGCUUCUAAAGACAGCGGUGCGAGCAAGGCGCCAGCGGGGCGGAGAGGCGCUGGCGCCGAGUGGCUCUCCGGGGGCGGGGAGGGCUUUUCUACCUGCCCCGCCGGCGGCCCGGACCCCGGGGAGCACAACAGCGCCUGGGGGGAGUUUGAAGGCUUUCAAGAAUCUUCGGCCAAGUCUGAACAGUUCUCCCCAAACUUUGAGCUCCCGGAGAGACCCCCACAUCCUCGGCGGCAGUCAGUGGCUUCUACCCAAAAGGAGCGUGGUUCUCGCCAGCCUCCCCAGGGCAGGCCUGGGGUGCCAGGAGCCGCGGGCAGCUCACCUUGUGAGCUUCUGCACAGCUACAAGGACGUGUUCAGGUUUGUUUUUCAAGAAGUACCGGUCCAGCAGGCAACUGAAGGCGUCUCCCCCUUAGACCGCAUCUUAGAACUGCCUGGCUGUGAAUCUGGACAGCAACUGUGUUCUGAAUCUAGAAAACUCUGGAGAGCUCUUCAGAACACAAAUAGCACGUCGGCCUCUCGAUGCCUCGGGAGUGAGUCCCAUUGCCAGGAAAACCUCUUCCUUGUUCUUGGAAUAGACGCUGCUCAGAAGAACCUUUCCGGAGACCUGGGUCACAUUCUGGAAUGUUCUGAACUCCAAGAGCCUGAAGAACUGGGUGUGCCCACCUUCCGUCUGCAGCCCUGCAGAGCCCUGAUCCAGACCAAGGCCCUGACCAUGCCCUUCCUUUCCCAUCAGCUCUCAGGGACGUCCGGUGGCAGACAGGGGAGCCUGCUUGCGUGCAGCCUCUUUCUGAAGACCCCCUUACACAGACACGGGCAGUACCUCACAAUUCCAUGGAAAAAGAAGAUUUUCAAUCCACGUAACCUAAAAAUGACCUUGUUUAAUAGUGACAUUUACUAAAACGGGAGUACUUUGUAUUUUUAUCAGUUUUACAUUUUCUUACUGGCUUGGUUUGGUACUGGAAACCGGAACUGUUUUGUGGGCAUGUUUCCGGGGACGCCCUGUGCGCACCCAGGCUGCGCCCCCCUGGUGCAUUUUGGGGUGUGACCACUUUAGAAGAGCGUGUCCUUUGGCAGAGCCAGUCUCAACAGGAAGGGGGUGCCCAGGGUCCCCAGGAGCUCCGCCCCAGCAUGAUAGGAACCAAGGUGGCACUGGGGGCCCUCUGCCUGGUGCAGGUGCUGCCGGCCCCUGGGGGCACCCAGGGAGGAACCCCAGGCCUGGCUGCCCACGUGGCUCCGCCGGGGGCACAGCCAGGUGGCCUGGCUCUCAGCUGGAACUGUCCGCACGAGGCAGGCGCCACACGCUCAGGGAAUCCGGAGCACGUUCCUGUCACUCCUGGGGGAGAGCGAAGGCCCUGGGAGCACUUACCUGCACCACUGCCUGUCGGCGGCCUUUCUCUGUGCCCGGCCCUCCCCUCCGACUCCGAGCAGGCGCUCUCUGGUUCUGGUGGAGGCACUGAUUUUUGUAAAAUUUUAUUAAAUAAAAUGGCCUGGACAAGCCCACGUUCUUGCUGGUUCAUCUGCUCCAUGGGGACUGUUGCCAGAGGUCCUGCGGCUGCAGGCUGUCCCUGCCCGAAGCCCCUGGCCGGUCCGUCUGGCAGGGCCCGGCUCCCAGGGCUGUCCCGCAUGCGUGGGUCACACCUGCUGCCUGGAGAGCGCGGAUGGGGGCUGGCCUCAGAUGCCCACUCCGUCAACCCCGGAGUCAGACCCAGACAGUGACCAGCAGAUGUCGCCCGUCACGGGGAGAAGGGCGUUAGCGGUCACUCUCCACCAGCCUGCAGGUGUCUUAUGUGAAGGAGUAAUCAGAUUUUUUUUUAGUGCUGUAGGUUUGGGAAAUCUGCCCUCAUUUUUCUUUUUCAGCCAGAAAGAGAUGGAAAUUUGGAAACUGCUUUUCUGCCACACUUCUUCCACCACAGGGCAGCGUCCGCCCUGGGAUGUGCCAUCAUUUCCCAGCCUUUGGUGCAAGUCAGACUUGAACCCAAAAUAGGCCGUUCUGUGUCCUGCCUCCUCCCCUGAGUCACUCUCGGACGUGGGCACUGGACUCCCCACAGCUGCUCCCCUGCCCCGUUGCUGGCGGACCUCUCCUGACCCCCAGCCAGCCCAGCACCCCCAGCUCUGUCCCCCACACCAGAGGCCAGGGCUGUCCCUGUCCCUCAGUCCGCGUCCAAGCAGACAUCAAGUCUGGCUCUGAUGCUGUGUCCGGGUGCCUGGCCAGGCUGCUCAAGGAGGGGCCUUCUGAACCGGGAGAGUGAAUGCUGACUGGUCCCCUCUGGUUCAGAGGCUGCCCCUGUCACCCCGCCCGGAACGUGCCCUGUCAGCUACAGAGUCAGGGUUCAAAAUAAUCACAGAGCUGAGGAUACCAAGGAACAUACAUUAAUGGAAUUCAGUGCCCCCAGGGGCAGAGAGGGAGGAGGGGGACCCCAGGGACCCUCGUCCAGCUCUCGGCCUUCACUGAGUGCUCAGAGUGGGGUGCAAGGAGAGAAGGCUGACAGAAAAUCCCCAAGUAGAAGCCAGCCUCUCUCAGAAGUGGGGGCUGGAGAAGCGAGAGACCCCCUCUGAGGGGUGCUCUGGGGUUCUGGCCCCCCGCUCUAGAGGCUCCAUGGGGCAGCUGGGCCCCUGCCUGGGCGCUCCAAGCCAUGGCGGGCUGGAAGGACCUGGAA